AGGUUUCCGUUGGCUAUAAAAAAUGAUUUCAACGCUGAAAUUCUCUCCCAUGCAGAUUGGUUCACUUGAGUCGUCAACAUUCUAGUUCCGCCCCUGCCUGUUCGUGUGCGCACGCUCCCUCUCAUCCAUGUCUAUUUCUCCGCAACUCUGCCGGCUCACUACCCGUACCAACAUUUACAUGCCAGAUACCAGAGUCUUUCCUCGCUGGAAACCUCUCUCUAUGAGAUGCGCCCCAGGCGAGUCUCUAUCGGCGUCCGUGGCCAUGGAUGUCACCGAUUCCGGUUUUGAUGCGAAGGUGUUCCGGCAUAAUUUCAUGAGGAGCACAAAUUAUAAUCGAAGGGGGUUCGGGCAUGAUGAAGAGACUCUUGAGCUCGUGAGUCACGAGUACAAUAGUGAGAUUAUAAAGACAUUGAAGGAGAAUGAAAAUGAGUAUACAUGGGGAAAUGUGACGGUGAAACUUGCAGAGUCAUAUGGAUUCUGCUGGGGUGUGGAGCGGGCUGUUCAGAUUGCUUAUGAGGCCAGAAAGCAGUUUCCUGAGGAAAAUAUUUGGAUAACCCACGAAAUUUUUCACAAUCCCUCCGUCAACAAGCGAUUGGAAGAGAUGGAGGUCCGAAGAAUCCCUGUUAAGGAUGGGCGUAAACAAUUUGAUGUUAUUGAGAAGGGUGAUGUUGUGGUCUUGCCCGCUAAUGGAAACCCGGUGGAUGAGAUGAUGGUCUUGAGCAACAAAAAUGUACAAAUUGUUGAUACAACUUGUCCAUGGGUAUCCAAGGUUUGGAAUACUGUUGAAAAGCAUAAGAAGGGAGAGUACACUUCUAUUAUUCAUGGAAAAUUCUCACACGAGGAGACUAUAGCGACCGCGUCUUUUGCAGGAAAGUAUGUCAUCGUGAAGAACAUGACAGAGGCGACCUACGUUUGUGACUACAUUCUUGGGGGCGAGCUUGAUGGAUGUAGCUCUACCAAAGAAGCAUUUUUAGAGAAAUUUAAAUUUGCAGUUUCUAAGGGGUUCGAUCCAGACACCGACUUGGUUAAAGUUGGGAUUGCGAAUCAAACUACGAUGCUCAAGAGCGAAACUGAAGAGAUUGGGAAGUUAGCGGAGAGGACUAUAAUGAGGAAGUAUGGUGCGAAGAACGUCAAUGAGCACUUCAUAGGUUUCAAUACGAUCUGUUAUGCCACCCAAGAGAAUCAAGAUGCCAUGUACAAGCUGGUGGAGCAACGUAUGGAUCUUAUGUUAGUUAUUGGGGGUUGGAACUCAAAUAACACUUCUCACUUACAAAAGAUUGCGGAGGACCGUGGAAUUCAAUCGUACUGGAUCGACAGUGAGCAUAGAGUCGGCCCUGGAAACAGAAUUCUUCACAAAUUGAUGCACGGUGAGCUGGUUGAGAAGGAGAACUUUUUACCAGAAGGUCCCAUCACAGUAGGGGUAACAGCCGGCGCCUCUACUCCUCAUAAGGUUGUGGGAGAUGUUCUUAUCAAGGUGUUGGCCAUAAAACGUGAAGAAGCUCUGUGACAGGCAUAAGUUGAUGUGUGCUAGCUGUUCAGUUUAAUUCUGAUGGACAUGUGUUGUAUAUUCAA